GGGUUUUCCAAAAUUCGUUUCUCUUCUCUCCUUUGCUGGGUUAGAUUUGCAGAGAAGUGCAAAGCUUGUUCAAUGGCUGAGGAGCUUCCAUUCGCACCUCGAAUGGACAACAAGCGGAAGUAUGAAGAUCAAACAACUCCACCACCUUCAUCGGCUCCUCGUCGAGCUACUGGAUUUUCUGCUCCCAUCGCUUCUCCAUCUCCAGAUUCUACUCACUCUCAUCCUCCUUCAUAUAGCAACGUACCUCCACCGCCGGACGAGAUCCAACUUGCUAAGCAACGCGCACAAGAGAUCGCUGCUCGUCUAUUCAGCAAUGCCGAAGCCAAGCGUCCUCGUGUGGAAAAUGGUGGCACCGAUGAACCAAACGAUAAGGGUUUCGGCUUCGCUCCGACCGAUUUCGGGCAAAAACCUCCCAGUCAAGUUGGUUUUGCCCCGUCUUCAACUGGGCCUGUCUCAUACGGUUUCCAGGGGACAAGCAAAACGAUAGACAUCCCAAAUGGAAGGGUUGGUGUUAUCAUUGGAAAAGGUGGAGAGACAAUCAAAUAUCUUCAGCUCCAGUCUGGAGCAAAGAUUCAAGUUACCAGGGAUAUGGAUGCUGAUCCUAAUUCACUUACCAGAAUGGUGGAACUCGUGGGUACUGCGGAGCAAAUAAGCAAGGCUGAACAGUUAAUCAGCGAUGUUCUUUCUGAGGCUGAAACAGGAGGUUCUGGUAUAGUUUCUCGAAGGAUAACUGGUCAACCUGGAGCUGAGCAAUUCAUAAUGAAAGUCCCUAACAACAAGGUUGGUUUGAUAAUUGGUAAAGGAGGGGAGACAAUAAAAAAUAUGCAAGCUAGGUCCGGUGCUCGUAUUCAGUUGAUACCAUUGCAUCCGCCCCCGGGAGAUACAUCAACGGAAAGAACUGUUCAUAUAGAUGGCACACAAGAACAGAUUGAAUCUGCAAAACAAUUGGUCAAUGAAGUGAUCAGUGAGAAUCGUGUUAGAAAUCCAACAAUGUCUGGAGGAUAUUCUCAGCAAGGCUACCGUCCUCCCCGGCCACCAACAAGUUGGGGUCCUCCUGGCCAGCCUCCAAUGCAGCAACCUGGCUAUGGGUACAUGCAGCCUGGUGCAUACCCAGGGCCACCACCUCAGUAUAACAUGUCUCAGCCAUCCUAUGCUGGCUAUCCACCUCAACCAACUUCUACUGCCUCUGGAUGGGACCAAACAUCCGUCCCAUCAAGUCAGCAAACUACUACAGGCAGUGGAUAUGAUUACUAUAGCCAACAACCACCUCCACAGCAGCAACAACCCCAGGGAGGUUCUUCAACCCCGGCUGAAAGCACAGGUUACGGUUAUGGUCAACCCCCACCAUCUGGUUAUGGUCAGCCAGGAUCCUACGGUGAAUCAAAUUAUACCCAGCCUCCUGCUGGGCAACAAGGUUAUCCUCAAGAUGGUUAUGGUGGUGGGUAUCACGCACCAGCACCUCAACCAGGAUAUGGUCAGCCACAGCCAAAUUCUCAGCCUGGAUAUGAUCAUCAGCAAGGUUACAAUUCAGCACCAGGUUACGGGAAUGUGGGUAACCCAACACAAGAUGGUGCAGCUGCCUCGUAUGGACCACAGGGUGGGUCUGCCCAAGUCCCUUCAUCUCAGCAAGUCCAACCACCUGUCCAGCCUCCUGUCACACCUCAGCAAGGAUACUCAGGCCAGCAGCCUGGCACUACUCCCCCAAGCUAUCCCUCCCAAGUUCCUCCUGCUCAGCCAGGUUAUGGAAUGCCACCAACUUCACAACCAGGUUAUGGAAGCCAAUUACCAGCUCAGUCGGGUUUUGGGCAGUCAGCACCAUUAACACAACCAGGCUAUGGGCCACCACAGGCUCAAAGGCCUCCUGUUCAGCCACUUUAUGGGCAGUCUCAACAGCCUCCAAGCACCCAAGGGACCUAUGUUCAGCCAGUACCUGCACAGGCAGGGUAUUCACAUUCUCAGCCACCUCCUACCCAGUCUGUCUAUGCUCAGCCAGAUUCUACUCACCAUCGACCCCCAACUUCUAGUUAUGGCACAGCUGGUCAGUCAGGAUAUGGUCAGCAGCCUUAUGGUGGACCACAGACUGCUCAGCCAUACGGAGAUGCUUAUGGUGGUGGUUAUACACAACCUCCAGGUUAUUCUACUACUGACAGCAAUGUGGCAGGAAAUGGUCAUGGAACUUAUGAUGCACCCCCAAGUUCUCAGGCUGUUCAGCAGGGUGGAGUUGCAAAAACUUCGCCCCAGAGUUAAUUUCGUU